CCAGGUUAGUAUCUGUAGAAAGAAACGAAAGAUACAAUCUUUGGCAAGAGCGCAGUAAAGUGUUUCCUCUCAGCUAGCCGCAACCCCCGUUUCGCCGAAUUCACAAGGUUAAUUCCCUUGACAAUCACUGUUCUUUUGUUUGAAUCUCCCUCUUCUUCUUCAACCUUACUGUUCGCCAAGCGUCUAGUUAGGCAAACAUCAAUUUGAACACAACAAAAUUUGGUCUCUCCCGAGGCAUAGUCGGUCAAAUGUUUUGUUUUUAUGUACCUUCCUUUGUUUAACUAACUUCAAACUUCCAUCUCUAUCAUGACAAGUCCGGUCAAACCCUUGGAGUUUGGUCGCCACCCAUAGAGCCGCCGCCGUAUGACGAGGAGGAGGUGGAGGAGCCUUUUGGUGACUCUCUUCCCAUAAUCCCAUCUUUGCGUAUGUAUAACACCCAUCCUUUUUUCUUAUAUUGUCUCUUUCAAACUCUCCACUAUUCUUGCCUUCUUAUUUAUUAGUUUCCAAGUUUCAUAUUCCCUCUUCAUAUAUACCCUAACGCUUUAGCCUUUAGCCAAACCUUCCCUGUACCAAAAUCUUUUACUUUUUCUGUUAUAAGCUUUUGCUUGUUUAAAGAUAUUCCCAGAUCUUGGAGGAGGCCGGUUAUAUUUUCUUGGUUUUCAUUUUGUAAUAAAACCCUCCAAAUUCAAGAAUUUGAUGAUCGGAAGGAAAACCUAACCUGGGUUUUCAAUCUCAUCAGUUGAAAAGGUCAAAGAUUUCUACUUUUUCGAAUUUGGAUUAAAAAAUGGGAGAUGAUUCAAACAUUGGUGGUAAGCUAGAUGAACCAAGUCAGGUUGAGCUAACAGGGAAGAUAAUGGUAGCGGCAAUCAUUUGUCUGUUCUUAGUGGUCAUAUUCGUCUUCCUCCUCCACCUUUAUGCCAAAUGGUUCUGGUACCGCCGCCCAGACAGCACGGGUGUUACCACUCGCAGAAGGCGGCGCUUUGAAUUCGCCUCGGGUUAUCAAGGAGUCACAGCAGCUGCCGCACUUCGCAGGGGUCUCGACCCCUCUGCACUGAAAACUAUACCAGUGGUUGAAUUUAGUCCUAAAGACUUCAAAGAUGGAUUAGAAUGUGCAGUUUGUCUGUGUGAAGUUUCUGAAGGUGAAAAGGCAAGGCUUUUGCCCAAAUGCAACCAUGGUUUUCAUGUUGAGUGUAUUGAUAUGUGGUUUCAAUCUCAUUCCACCUGCCCGUUAUGCAGAAACCCAAUUCCCAAUCCUCCUCCUGCAGAAACAGCAUCAGUUGAGGGCUUGGUUCCUGGUGAGACACCUAAUUUCCCCACUAAUGUGUUGUUUUGGGGAGAUGAGACUCAAGUUAGUACUCUAGGGACUGGUUUGGAUGAACUACCCCAACAAGGCUCUCAACAAGGCUCUAUUUCUUCUGCUCCAUCAUCAUCUUGUCCCUCAUCUUCAACAUCAUCAUCAGUGAUGGGAAGUAUUUUGGUUAUUGACAUCCCAAGGCAUGCUGUUGAGGAUGAUCAGGAACAGAAAUCUCCUAUGCCUACAAGGUUGAGGUCAUUGAAGAGGCUUCUAAGCACGGAAAAACGGGUUAGUCCUCGCACCAAUGUAGACAUAGAACAAGGAGGGAGAAGCCAAAGUUGAAAGUGUCUCAUUUAGGAAUAUGUCUUGUCUGGUUUUCUUUACUAUGCCCAUCUGUUCUUUGUUUCUUGGUUCUGCUUGCAGAUUUUAAAAGUAGAACUUUGAUUAGUGCUGCCUGUAUAUAAUAGUUGGCUUCUCUAGUGAGAGUGGAUGUAACGCAUCUCAUAUAGAAGAGUUUUCUUUCGUUAAAUAGAUAACACUUCACACUUAUACUACGUAUUAAUGUUAAUGUGAAAUAUCACUAAGUUCUUCAAGCAUUGUGGCGUAC